GAGACACAGAAGAGGAAAGUAAACCCGUGAAGUCAGCAGCUUAAGCCUUUCUCUGUUUUCCACAGCCGGAACACGAGGACACUUCCCGCCACAGCGAGAACAAUGGCGGUUUUAGGAGGCGCGUGCCGGCUCGUGCAGCUGGUCAGAUGUGGUUCUCCUGUGGGUUUGUGUUUGUCUUCAUCUCUCAGACGACAGUCGACGGCCACAGCAGCGGCGUUCAACACCACAGCCACUCCAGAGACUAAAGAGAGCAGAAAACCCAAAACAGGCAUUCUGAUGCUGAAUAUGGGCGGUCCAGAGAAGCUGGAGGAUGUUCAUGAUUUCCUGCUGCGCCUCUUCAUGGAUACAGACCUCAUGCAGCUGCCCGUGCAGAAUAAACUCGGGCCAUUCAUUGCCAAAAGACGCACCCCAAAGAUCCAGGAGCAGUACAGUAAGAUUGGCGGAGGGUCUCCUAUUAAAGCCUGGACCACCAUGCAGGGGGAAGGAAUGGUGAAACUGCUGGAUGAGAUGUGUCCGGACACGGCUCCUCAUAAGUUUUACAUUGGUUUCCGGUACGUUCAUCCGCUGACGGAGGAGGCCAUAGAGUUGAUGGAGAAAGAUGGAGUGGAGAGAGCUGUGGCCUUCACACAGUACCCACAGUACAGCUGCUCCACCACCGGCAGCAGUCUGAACGCCAUCUACAGAUACUACAGUAAUCGCGCCGACAGACCGAAGAUGCGCUGGAGUGUGAUUGACAGGUGGCCGACACACCCGCUGCUGAUAGAGUGUUUCGCGGAGCAUGUUCGUAAUGAGCUGGACAAGUUUCCUGUGGAGAAGAGAGAUGAUGUGGUGAUUCUGUUCUCUGCGCACUCUCUGCCUCUAUCUGUGGUGAACCGGGGUGAUCCAUACCCACAGGAAGUGGGCGCUACAGUUCAGAGAGUGAUGGACCGACUGGGCCACUGUAACCCAUACAGACUCGUCUGGCAGUCAAAGGUUGGGCCGAUGGCGUGGUUGGGGCCACAGACAGAUGAGGUCAUCAAGGGUCUCUGUCAGCGAGGCAAGAGGAACCUGCUGCUGGUGCCCAUCGCCUUCACCAGCGACCACAUCGAGACGCUGCACGAGCUGGACAUCGAGUACUCACAGGUCCUCGGAGAAGAGGUUGGAGUGGAAAACAUCAGAAGAGCAGAAUCUCUGAAUGGAAAUCCACUGUUCUUCAGGGCUUUGGCUGAUCUGGUUCAGUCUCACCUGCAGUCUAAUGAAUCAUGCUCUCGUCAGCUGACCCUGCGCUGUCCGCUGUGUGUGAACCCAACCUGUGCUCAAACCAAAGCCUUCUUCUCCAGCCAGAAACUCUGACCGCCGUUCAUCUCUCAUCUGGACAGCAGCGGCUCCAGACUUGUGUUCCAGCAGCUGAAAGCAUCCACAUCUUCAUCUAUCUGUGCAGAUUCUCCUCAUACGUGAAUGUGUCUUCCCUUAAAGAAACACUCCACGAUUUUUGUAAAUAGGCUCAUUAUACAGCUCUCCUAGAUAUAUGUACCAUAUUUAAAUCCAUUUAGCCAAUAUCUGGCUCUGCAGGUGCAGUUUUAGCUUAGCUUAGCAUAGAUCAUUAAAUCGGAUUAGACCAUUAGCAUCUCACUUAAAAAAAAAUGACCAAAGUGUUCUGAUAUUUUUCCUAUUUAAAGCUCUUAUUAAGAGAAACAGAUUUAAAGGUUGAUGUUUUCUAGGGUGAUAUGACUAAGAUCUCUACUUUCAAUCUGGCGUAACAAUCAAGGAGCGUUGCUGCCGUAGCAGGCGCUAGAAAAUAAUAAUAGCAAAAUAGCAACAUUUAAUUUUCAGUCAGUCUUAGUACCUGAUGAAUCUACAGAAGAGUCACACUUUAACUAGUAAAAUUAAGAAAACUCUGAUAAUCUUUGAGUGAGAUGCUAAUGGUCUAAUCUGAUUCAAUGAUCUAUGCUAAGCUAAGCUAAAAGUACUCCCGACUGACCCAGUAACGGCUUCAAUAAUGGGAAAACUCAACUGUGGAGCUGUGAAAUGAGCCUAUUUACAAAAACGAGGAGUGUCACUUUAAAAAACAAGAAAUGCAGACAGAGAACAUGCAAUGUGAGCAGUCAUCUGGGAACAAAUGAUACGAUAAUUAAACAUGGUGCUAACAUCAUGCACAUGUAAUUGUGCAUCAGGUCAGCUUCAAAUGAACAGCUGACAAGAACAACCAUAUACUAUUCUUUUAUUACUCAGUGUUUUCUCUGUAUGGACAUGCUUAAAUUAGAUGCAUUUACUGGAGAAACAAAAUUGCUUGGGGUAUAUCUUCAUUUUUUAAUUAAUUAACAUUAAAUAAUCAUUGACUUGCUUAAAUUAAAUGCAUUUGCUAAAAAAGCUCUAUUAUUUAGGGUAUAUCUUUGUUUUGUUUUAUGUAUUUUUUUUUUUUAUUAUUUUCCUUCAUUUAUUUGUAUUUAUAAUGCUUAAAUUGACAUUUAGUUUAUUAAUUUCUAAUUUUCUUCUUGGCUUAGUCCCUUUAUUAAUCCGGGGUCGCCACACCGCAAUGAACUGCCAACUUAUCCAGCACGUUUUUACGCAGUGGAUGCCCUUCCAGUAAGCUUCACAUGCUUAAAUUAGAUUUGUUUACUGGAGAAACAAAAUUGUUUGAGGUUUAUCUUCAUUUAAUUUAAUUUAUUUAUUUUCUUUUGGAUUUUGUAUUUAUAAUGCUUAAAUUAACAUUAUUAUGUAUUGCCAUGCCUAAAUUAGAUGCAUUUACUGAAUACGCUAAAUUGUUUGGGGUGUAUCUUCAUUUAAUUUAAUUAAUUAAUUUAAUUAUUUUCCUUCAUUUUGUUUUAUUUAUAAUGCUUAAAUUGACAUUAAUAAAUUAUUGAUGCAUUUACUGAAUACGCUAAAUUGUUGAGGGUUUAUCUUCAUUUAAUUUAAUUAAUUAAAAAAAAAAUUGUAUUUAUAUUGCUUAAAUUGACAUUUAUUUAAUUAAUCACAUGCUUAAAUGAAAUGCAUUUACCAGAGAAACAAAAUUGUUUAGGGUUUAUCUUCAUUUAAUUUAAUUUAUUUAUUUUCUUUUGGAUUUUGUAGUUAUAAUGCUUAAAUUAACAUUAAUAUGUAUUGCCAUGCCUAAAUUAGAUGCAUUUACUGAAUACGCUAAAUUGUUUGGGGUGUAUCUUCAUUUAAUUUAAUUAAUUAAUUUAAUUAUUUUCCUUCAUUUUUUUUAUUUAUAAUGCUUAAAUUAAAAAAUUAAAAAAUACCAGAGAAACAAAAUUGUUUAGGGUUUAUCUUCAUUUUCUUUUCUUUUGUUUAUUUCUUUUCUUUUGGUUUUUGUAUUUAUAAUGCCUAAAUUAGCCUUCAUUAAUUAUUGACAUGCUUAAAUUAGAUGCAUUUACUGAAUACGCUAAAUUGUUUGGGGAAUAUCUUUAUUUUAUUUUAUUUUAUUAAUACAUUUUAUUAUUUUAUUUUAAUUGCAUUAAUAAUGCUUAAAUUGACAUCAUUUAUUGACGUGAUGCAUUUACCAAAGAAGCUAAAUUGUUUCAAGUAUAUUUUCAUUUUGGCGAUGCAGUGGUGCAGUAGGUAGUGCUGUCGCCUCACACCAAGAAGGUUGCUGGUUCGAGCCUCAGCCGGGUCAGUUGGCAUUUCUGUGUGGAGUUUGCAUGUUCUC